CAAGUGGUUGUCAACAUCGGAGAUGCUCUCAACGUCCACAACUUCACGGGGUGUGACAGCAGCAAGCGAUGUAUGCUCUGUUCUCGGCUUUGGCUGCUGUCUGUCUCACUCUGCUUUCCCGAUCUACUUCUGGUACUCCCAAUCGCCUUUUCCAACACCAUCAAGACAAACCGAUUUCUAUAAGAUCGAGGGCGAUCUCGUUCCUUGAAGAAGAAUCUUUAUAUCCGCUCAGUCCACACAUACCUUUGUCGUAGAUCCUGGCUCAAGGUUUGUAACAGCGUAUUAUCAGCGCUCCCGCACGUCUUACCGGAUUCAUCCCCAGCAAUGAUGGCCGCCGCCAGAGGCUCACAAGAAAGCGCCUAUCACCGCUGCCUUGAUUGCAACAAGAAAUGGGCGGCCGAGGUCAGCAGCAAAGACCCCGACUUCUUCCCAAGAUGCUCCAAAGGCCAAGCGCCUCCUGUUCUCUGGAUUGGGUGUGCAGAUUCUCGAGUACCCGAGACGACUAUACUGAACUGCCAACCCGGUGAAGUCUUCGUCCAUCGCAACAUCGCCAACAUUGUCAACAACACCGAUAUCAGCUUGCUUUCUAUCGUCCAGUUCGCAGUCUUUCACCUCAAAGUCAAACACAUUGUCGUCGCAGGCCACACGUCCUGUGGAGGUGUGGGAGCAUCUCUUGCCAACGCGAAACUGGAUAUUUUAGACAUUUGGCUGCAGCCGCUCCGGGCUCUAAGGGAGGAGUACCAUGAUGAAUUGGAAGCUAUGGAGGAGAAAGAGCGAGCGACAUUUUUGGCGAAGAAGAAUGUUCAAGCUGGCGUGCAGGCCUUGAAGAGAAUCCCUACCGUGAUUGACGCCAUGAGAGAGAGGGGUCUGGAUGUGCAUGGUGUCGUCUACAAGCUUGAUACGGGCUUGCUAGAGGAAGUGGAUGCGGAUGAGGAUGAGAAGAAGAGUGUCAAGAGAGUCAAGGUUUUUGAGAGGAGGUAAAAAGUUCUCUCGUUUGAUCAUGGCGAUGUUGUUCGGGCGUACGAAUUUACGACGGGACUUGAUGAAUGGAUUGCGUUCUCGAUGGUUUUUGUUUGUGACGGGACCGCACAGGCUGGCUUGUGUGGAAUAAGGGCAUAUUGCCAUUGUUAUGAAUGCG